AUGGCUGCACAUCCUGGCACCCUCCAUGCACUCUUAUCCCGCGCGAAAUCACACAAGAAAGCUCUCGACUCCCCUUCAUCAGAAAAUACUCCAGCUCUCAGCGACGUAAUCGCAGAAUUCGAAGAAUGCCAACGGCGCAUUGCACAGCUCUCCUUAUUCAGUACCAAUGAGUCAUUAGAUGAUAUUACCACUGGGGAUCUACAGUACCUGACCACCGAUUAUGUCCUUGCCGACCUUCUCCAAAGAUCAUACGACACAGACCGCGUGAAAACCCUCCAGCGGUCGCGGGAUGAAUAUGAAAAAUAUCUAGAGCGUCUAGAUCAAUAUGGCCUUCUCUCGCUGGAGGAUAAGAAGCUCUACGAACGAUACACGGAAAACCCCCGCUCAUUUAGCCUAUGCCCUUUAAACGAUGCUGUUGCGCGGAGGAAUAUCAAAAUAUCCAGGUAUCGAGAUGAGAAAGAGCUGAAACAGCAACUAGAGUAUCUUUCACAAAGUCAAGGCAGCUUUCAAGCUGAUGAAGAUCUAACUCGACAACUAUACCUAGCUGAGAUUAAACUCUAUACACACCAGACAUUCCAAGCCCUGGACAUGUUAUCGCAGGAAUUAUCCAUGCUUGCAAGUACCCAGGCUGCUGUCCCAUCGACCGAUCCUGGUUACAAUCAUGAUAAUAGACAACGUGACUCCGACAAUCCACCCGGCUUUUCCGAUCGAUUGGAUAUAGGGUUCGCUCAGAAUGUCCGUGGAGGCAGAGUAGGGCCUCUUCUAAGCAAAACUGGCGUACCGCUACAACCAUUCGUCCUCACAAGCAAGCGCACGGAACUUCGAAACGGAGUUUUUAGACCCGGCCAUAACUUGCCCACCAUGUCGAUUGAUGAAUAUCUAGAAGAGGAGCGGAAAAGGGGAGGCAUUAUCGAGGGUGGUGGAGAGCAAUCCGACCAACCAAAGGAAAUUGACGAAGAUGAUCUAGAAAAGGCUGAUGAAGAAACUAUGAAAGCGAGGGCGUGGGAUGAGUUCACUGAGGAUAAUCCGCGAGGGUCCGGUAACACGUUGAAUAGAGGUUGA